AUGAAUGAAAAUGAGAGUGCAGAAUCAAGUCAAGGUCUUAAUGCCAAUGAAAAUGGUGAUAUUAGUCAGCCUAUACAUGAUAGUGGUGGUACGGACGAACCAAAUCUUCCAGUGAAUGUGGAAGAAAAUAUCAUUGUUGAAGAUGAUCAAAACAAAGAUUCAAGUGCAGAAUUUGACUUUCCAUUUGACGUUGAUGAUCCAGGAAAUUGGGAUAAGAUUAAACAAAAUCAAGACCACAACAAGACUUUAUUGGGUCAAUUUGCUAAUGAAGGAUUGAAUGAUUGGAAAAAUAUGAGUGCAAGGCUUGCAAGCCAUGAAAGAAAUAGUCAACACAUCAGUUGCUUUACUAGUUGGAUUGAACUGGAAACAAGAUUGAAAAAGAAUGCAACAAUUGAUCAAGCUGUGGAAGAACAAAUAAAGAAGGAGAGAGAACAUUGGAGACAGGUACUCUUGAGAAUCCUAACUGUUGUGAAAAGACUUUCGAAAAAUAAUUUGGCAUUUCGUGGGGAUAAUGAGAAAGUGUAUGAGGAGAACAAUGGGAUUUUCUUACAAGUGAUUGAGAUGAUUGCUGAAUUUGAUCCGGUGAUGCAAGAACAUGUUCGGCGUAUUUUAAAAAAAGAAACUCAUUACCACUACUUGAGUCACAAGAUCCAAAAUGAAAUGAUUCAGCUAUUAGCAAAUGAGGUAAAAACUUCCAUCAUUGCAACGAUCAAAGAAGCAAUGUACUUUUCAGUUAUACUUGAUUGCACUCCAGAUGCAAGUCAUGAGGAACAAAUGUCUCUUGUUGUCCAUUGUGUUGAUGUUACAGCAAGUCCGAUUGUGGUAAGAGAAUAG